AUGUUGGAAUCCUUUCCUUCAAUAGAUCCCCAUAAAGAUCUCAAGGUCGAAGUGCAAAACGCUUCAAUGGUCGUACCAUUAGACGUAACCGAAAGAAGGUCAAUGUUUCUAUCAAAUAUAGAUCAAUCUGUUAGUAAUAUUUACUGUGGUGGAAUACUUUUUUUUAGUUCUAAUCCAAAUUUCCCACCUGAUUUAAUAACCAAGAAACUUGAAUGUGGAUUGAAAAGAUUACUUGCAGAACAUUACGAUUUUUUAGCAGGAAGGUUGAAAUGGGACAGUAAACAAGGACGUUUUGAAAUUGAUUGUAAUUUGGCCGGAGCAGGUUUCAUUACGGCAUCUAGCAAGUUGUCACUGGAAGAGGUUGGAGACUUACAGUGCCCCGAUCCUGCUUUUGAAUAA